AUGGCGCAAACCAAACAAUCAGCACGCAAAAAUGCUUCUCCCUAUUCACCACCUUCUUCAUCCCAUUCAUCUAAUUUUGUGGAACGUUCACCUUCUCCACCACCUCGAGCAACACCACCACACACCUCCUCUGAUUCAAACUCUUCUGACAACAACCAAGAAAUCUUCAAUCCCAGUCCUCUGUCUACUAUUCUUCCACCACUAUACACUCGUCCCACAUCAAACUUUGCUCAAGUUCCUCCACAUAUGUGUAACCAAACCAUUCCUCAACGACGCUCAAUGAGGGUUCAAUCUGGAAUUGGAACCUCAAAACCAUCAAACCUAAAACCACAUUACUUCAUCAUCUCAGAUUCUGAGACUGAUGAUUCUUCUCCUCCAACAUCAGCAAGGGAACCAACAAACACCAAACCUACCACAUCAUCAAAAUCAACCUUCUCCUCUGAAACCUCACAAUCAACUCCCCCAAACCAAAAACGGAGAUUGAUAAAUGAAAUCGUCUCCCCUCUCACUAAACAAACUGAACCCCCUUCUCAAACCAAACCAAAAAUGAAAACAAAAAAUGCCAUGACAAUUGCACAAUUCCUUGCUCAAAAGAAUCUCCCAAACCCUCAAAGGAGAAAAAACCUCGCUCCAAAAUAA